AUGCGAUCUCGAACAGGUUGCUUGACAUGCCGCGCUAGAAAAUUAAAGUGCGAUGAGCAGUAUCAGGCAGUUGGUGGUGUGGAGGGUGAAGAGAAACUGCAAUGUGCGCAAUGUCGUAAGGCGUCGAGGGAGUGCCAGCCCAGUGAGGGGAUUGUGUUUCGGCACCAGCAGAAUGCGUCGAUGAACAAUAAAACCGCAGAUGAGGGAAAUGGUCGAGAUACUUUGAGGGGGUUUUAUAAUUAUAAGAACACGUUUAGGGAGGAUAGUGUGUGGCUUGAGAUUCCGAAGAACGUUAUCUUUGUGGAUAAUACAAAUCCUCACGCCGAAGAGCUGGAAACGGCAAUUCUAGCAAGUGAUCCCAGUAACCAUGAAGCAAUCGCCAAUGAAUGGAAUCAUCGAAACUCAAUGUCCACACCCAACGACACCGCACUUGGUUUGAAUGCCUUGUCAACGGCUGCAGCCGCACAGCAAUCAUAUUUCCUUCAGCACUCAUCUGUGGCAUCACCUGAAACCCCCGGUCUACGACACGCUACUACCAGCAGCGACUUGCGUAUCCCCUCGACGCCAAAAACGCUUCAUUCUCCUAUCAAGGCUAUCAACGCAUUACUUCCUCCGACUUCUCCGCCAUUGUCUAUUACUUCUUCCUCUAACAAUAAUAAUAAUAUUAAUUUCUUACUCAAUCCUUCAAACUCAGGUUCGCCUUCCGUCGACUCCAGGUUAUCGACAUCAAUUGGCCGCAGGGAGUCUUCAUCAUAUCAUUCCACGACGGCGAGGCAUCGAAGUGCCCUAUCAAAUGCACGACUGGACGCAAAAGUAGAAACUGACCAUGAGGUUGCUUUCUUAUUGAGGCAUUUUGCCGAGAAUCCUGGUUACUGGAUGGAUCUUUUCGAUCUCGACUUUUACUUUUCAUCCCUGGUCCCUGUCAAAGCUCUAUCAAACCCCCUUCUGAAGUACGCGGCAUGUGCCUAUGCCGCGAAACAACUCAACCGGGUAAGGGGCGCAAAGGCUAUAAUGGGCGGUAACUGCUCCAAACAAGCCUCCAUGGAACUAUGGCCCGAUGCCGAAAAUGUAGAUUGGGAGUGGUACGGCGCAAAAUAUUACGACAAGGCAAUUCAACUACUCAUGCGGGAACUACAACACGAUGCUGGAAGUCCAGCACCAUUGAGUACACCCGAGGCUUUCGGACAAUGGCAAGCGGCUGAGCUAUGUGAUGAUGGAGGGAGGGCUCGGAAAAGAAGGAGGCGGUUUUCUAAUAGUCGUUUUUCAAGUUCUCAUUCAGAUGAGGUUUUGGCAGCAACUGCAAUUCUUUCGGUAUACGAGUUUCUGGAUGCGACUGGCCCUGCGUGGAAUGGGCAUUUGAGUGGAGUCAAGUCCCUUCUUGAUAUUGCGGAGAUUGGCAUGAUGCCGUUAGAACAGGAGUCUUCUCCGGCGGAGGGUGUUCUACCGCGGAAGAGGCCAGGUUUGUCGCGCGCUCGGAGGGCAACGUUUUGGAAUUUCGCCCGACAGGACUACAUCUCUGCUUUUAUAAAUGAGGGCCAAACACGACUGAAUCCAGAAGAUCUGCUUCUUUGGACUGACGCCGGAUUGCAGCUUGAUAGCAACGGAUUUGUCGUCCCAAGCAACACCGAUGCAGAAAGUACCAUGAAAGAAGACAUGAUAUCGAAUGCAUUGAUAUGGCUUUUAUCGAAAAUUGUCAAUUUCAUCGACGCGGGUGACCAGAUUCAACUGUCCUCUGCAGGCGGUCCAAAUGAACAAGGCCCCAUAGGCGUCUCACAAAACACCCUACUAGAGCGCUGGUACAGGCUACACAGUGAAUUAGACGCAUGGUACAGGGGCCUCCCGGACACAUUUCAGCCAUGCGCAAGGCUUGAGCCUGCUCGACGCCCACAUCUGGCCGUUGGUAUUGAUGACGACUGUCCCUUCGCCGAAGUGUGGUACAGUAUGCCCAUGUGCGCAUCCACCAUGCAGCACUACCACAUGGCUAGAAUCAUCCUCCUCAUCAAUAAACCGCACGAAUCCACCGCCCGCCGAACAACAGUUACGAAUAGAUUAAAGUCCUAUCGCUCGAUUGAGAGUGAGAUUCGACUUCACAGUUACGAGAUUUGUAACAUCUCCAUGUCGAGGAUGGAUGCUUCGUCAAGGAUUCAUUCCUUGCAGCCGUUGUUUGUAACGGGCCAGUGUCUCACGGAGCCACGGGAACGGAGGACGAUUCUGAGCCUGUUGAGAGGUAUAGAGGCGGAUACGGGCUGGGCGACGGAGUAUCGGGUGAAGCAGCUGUUGAAGGAGUGGGAGUGGGACGAAGCAGCUACCAUGUCUUAG